AUGGCAUCAAAUUUGGCCAAUAUCGGUCCACUAGUAAUUGCAGUUAUACGCCAUUUUUCACAUGGAUCUUCUGCUUAUGAGGCACCAUCGAUCUUAUUUAUAUUUAUCGUUGGUAUAACGAUUCCAUUUAUUCUGUCGUUUGUUUGGUCAAAUACUUUGUGGUUAUUUGGACAGCGUCGAAGUUUCUAUUUACUAAUAUGUUCGUUUUGUCUUGCUUUUGUUAAUUGUACAUCUUCUGUGACAUUUCUUCCAUUUGUAAACAGAUUUGAACCACAUUAUUUGAAUAUUUAUUUUGGCGGUGAAGCAUUAUCCUCGUUAAUUCCUGCUUUCUUAGGUAUAAUUCAAGGUGUUGGAAAAAAACCUGAAUGUAUCGCGGUUUUUGACGACAUAACACAUACUAUGCGUAUGGAAACAAAAUAUUAUUCACCAAGUUUCAGUGUUCAAAUUUAUCUAAUAUGUCUAUGUGGGAUUAUGCUGAUAUCACUUUUCUCAUUUAUUCUCUUAUUACGUAACAAAUCGAUUCAACAUAGUAAAUUACGAAGUACCAAAAAAGAAAUUGAAGAAAAAAUGAUGGCCCCUGAUUCACCUCAAAGCGUUCUAUUAGAACAAACUGAUGUUCAAGUUGCCAGUACAUCGGAAGAAAAAUUCUCUCUUCAAACAAUUAUUUAUCUCGGAUUUAUUCUUUGGAUAUCUAUAGUACUUAUUGGAUGUUUACCAUCAAUUAAUUCUUUUUCCUUAAAUCCAUAUGGAAUUGAUACAUUUCAUUAUGUUAUCAUUGCAUGUCAAUUUUGUUAUCCUCUCGUUAGUCUGGUAGCAGCAUUAAGACCCAAACUAUUUAAUAUGCCACCAGUGGGAAUUUACUUUAUAACUUUGUUAGGAACAAUAGCAUUUGUUUAUGUUUUUAUUACGGCUAAAUUAUCUCCAUGUUCUCCACUGGUCGAUCAUAUGUCUGGAAAAUGGUUAAUUAGUUUUGUUUGGAUAUUUAUCUAUAUUGUAUUUUAUUACGAACGUAUCUCAUUAGCAAAUUAUAUUAAUCGUACAUCCGGUCGUCGUGGAUUGUUUUGGUAUGGUUCAUUGACUCAAGCGGGAGCCUUUGUGGGUGCUGCUUUCAUAUUUAUAUUAACAUUAUUAAACUUAUUUAAAGAGCGAGAUGUUUGUCUAGAUUAUCCAUGUUCUAAAUCUUAA